AUGGCUGACGAGGCUCGUGCCCCCGCCGCCGUCGCCAAGACGAGCGGUGGUAACAAUGCCUUCCACAACUUCCACAAUGACUUUGCUCACAUCGCCGACCCCAACGAGCGUCGUCGUCUCGCCCUCGCAGAGAUCGACAAGGCUCCCUUUGGCUGGUACCAUGUCCGAGCCUGUGUUGUUGCCGGUGUCGGCUUCUUCACUGACUCUUACGAUAUCUUCUGCGUCUCCAUGCUCACCAUCAUGCUUGGCAUCGUCUACUACCCCGGCAAGGGCAAGCUCUCGACCCCCAGCGAUAACGCCAUCAAGCUGUCUACCUCUGCCGGUACCGUUAUCGGUCAGCUCGGCUUUGGUAUGCUGGCUGAUAUUGUCGGUCGAAAGCGCAUGUACGGUCUGGAGCUUAUCGUUAUCAUCUUUGCUACCCUUGCCCAGGCCCUGACUGCUGGCUCGCCCUCCACCUCUCUGAUCGGUCUUAUCAUCUUCUGGCGUGUCAUCAUGGGCAUUGGUAUUGGAGGUGAUUAUCCUCUUUCUUCCAUUAUUACUUCCGAGUUUGCCACCACCAAGUGGCGAGGUGCCAUGAUGGCUGCUGUCUUUGCCAUGCAGGGUAUCGGCCAGCUCGUCGCUGCUCUCGUCAUGAUGUUCCUCACUCUCGGCUUCAAGCACGCCCUCGAGGGUGCCCCCGAUACUAAGCACUGCACUGGUGACUGCCAGGUCGCUGUUGACAAGAUGUGGCGCACCCUGGUCGGUUUCGGUGCCGUUCCCGCUUGCAUCGCCCUUUACUACCGUCUCACCAUCCCUGAGACCCCCCGCUACACCUUUGACGUUGCCCGCGAUGUCGAAAAGGCCGACGAGGAUGUCAAGGCCUAUAUGACUGGCAAGCGUGAGGGUGAGACUGAUGAGGUCGCCCGCGCCCAGGUUCAGCAGGGUGCUCGUGCCAACCUUCAGGUGCCCAAGGCCAGCUGGGGUGACUUCUUCCGCCACUACAGCAAGCUCAAGAACGCCUCUCUCCUCCUCGGAACUGCUGGUUCAUGGUUCUGUCUUGAUGUGGCCUUUUAUGGUCUCAGUUUGAACAACGGUACCAUUCUCAAGGUCAUCGGAUACUCCUCCAAGGAUGCCCACAACGUCUACGAGUUCCUGUACAACACCGCUGUCGGCAACAUCAUUAUCGUCCUUGCUGGUGCUGUCCCUGGCUACUGGGUCUCCGUCGCUACUAUUGAUACCCUUGGCCGCAAGACUAUCCAGCUUGGCGGCUUCCUCAUUCUUACUAUUCUCUUCAUUGUUAUGGGUUUCGCCUACAACCACAUUUCCUCCAACGGCCUGCUCGCCAUUUACGUGCUUGCCCAGUUCUUCUUCAACUUUGGCCCCAACACCACCACCUUCAUUGUUCCCGGCGAGGUCUUCCCUACCCGCUACCGUUCCACCUCCCACGGUAUCUCUGCCGCCUCUGGCAAGAUCGGUUCCAUCAUCGGUCAGGGUGCCAUCUCCAUCCUCCGCACCCACGGCGCCACCGACAAGAACGAGGCUCCCUGGAUGGAUCACGUCCUCGAGAUCUAUGCCCUCUUCAUGCUUCUCGGCUGCCUCACCACUCUCCUGAUUCCCGAGACUGCCCGCAAGACUCUUGAGGAGCUCAGUGGCGAGGAUGACUAUGCCAACCCUCACGACAGUGUCAUUGACAACGAGUCUCACAAUGGCAAGCCCGAGAGGUCUAGCGUCUAA